UUGAAAUCGGUCACUUCCGCUGAUGCUCAGCUGUGUAAUGUUUUGGUUUGGCAGCUAGCGCAGCAGCGACCACGCGCCUAAAUCUACACCUUUAAACGUUACAGCACCGGGAGCUGGUUCCCGCGUUGACUGUCUGUCUGUUCGGCUUCGGGGUUUCUCUGCUCGGCAGCGGUUCGAUGGGAGUCGACCAGACGGAGCCGGAGGUGCCGGAGGAAGCGGUGGGCAGGCGGGUGUCCUGCGGCGGGGAGCGGGCCACGGUGCGGUACGUGGGUCCGGUACCACCCACAGCAGGGCUGUGGCUCGGCGUGGAGUGGGAUGACCCCGACAGAGGGAAGCAUGACGGCAGCCACGAGGGAGUCCAGUAUUUUACAUGCAGUCACACUAAAGGAGGCUCCUUCGUCCGCCCGGCGAAGGCGAGCUUCGGUGUGGACUACCUGGCCGCUGUGCGACAGGUGUACCAGGUCGACACGGAGGAGGUGCUGAGUGAGGAGAUCUCCAUCUCUGACAAGAAGCUGAAGUGGUGGUGCGUCGAGGAGCGCAGUUAUGAGAGUCUUCCGUCAGUGAUACUGAGUCGCUGUGAGGUGAACGGCCCCGGAGACGAUGGAGAAAUCAAGAAAACAACACCCAACGUCCAGUGGUUGGACAUGAGUGGGACUCUGCUGUCCUGCUGGGAGGACGUGGCCGCCGUCACGCAGCAGCUGGAGAGACUGGAGGGACUACAGCUCAGCAACAACAGACUGCGUUUGACCUCUGACCCCUCGACUCACUGCCAGGCUUUCUGCAACAUCAAAGUCCUGGCUCUGAACAGCUGUGACCUCACCUGGCCACAGAUCCUGCACUGCGCCCCCAUGUGGCCUCAGCUGGAGGAUCUGUGUGUGGAGGAGAACAACAUCACAGAGCUGCAGAGGCCGGAGGACGUCCUGCAGUCCCUGAAGAGUCUCAGUCUGUCCUCUAAUCCUUUAGUCCAGGAGAGCGUGCUCAGUCUCUCUGCUCUGCCCAGACUGGAGCAGCUGAACUUGUCCAACACCGGACUGUCCGUCAUUCGCUUUGACGACGCUGCACCUGGAGCUCCGACAGAAAUGUUUCCCGCUCUGAAGAAACUCAGCCUGGACCGCAACAACAUCACUGAGUGGUGUGUGGUGGACGAGCUAGCCAAACUUCGUAGUCUGGUUCAGUUUUCGUGUCGUGGCAACCGACUGACGAGCAGCGACCGAAACCCCAAAACAGCCAAUCAGAUACUGAUCGCCAAACUGGGACGACUGGUCCUCCUCAACAGCUGUGAGAUACAGCCUGAAGACAGGAAGGGGGCGGAGCUUGACUACAUCAAGAUGUUCGGAGAGGAGUGGCUGAAGGCAGGGGGGCGGAGUCAGGCCAGCGCCCAGUUCAUCAGUCAGCACCCUCGUUACCAGACCCUCAUCGACAAGUACGGAGCUCCAGAGGAAGGAGAGCUGAAGAAGCCGGAGCCGUUCGCCCUGAAAAAUCAGCUGUUAAAGAUCACGUUUGUGUUUCCUGAUGCCGGCGAGCGGAAGCCGAUCGAGAAGAAGCUUCCAGCCACCAUGGAGGUUCAGAAGGUGAAGGGACUCCUGUACCGACUGCUGAAGGUUCCUGUGGCAGAUCUGAAGCUCACCUACACCAGCCCCAAGAUGGUGGGGACAGAGUUUGAAAUUGACAGCGACCUGAAGACUCUACAGUUUUACUCAAUAGAGGACGGAAACCAGGUGCUGGUCCGCUGGUCCUGACCCGGUCCAGGAGGUUGAAGAACCAAGUCCGGUCCCACAGCAGAGACAGAACUUCAGCUGUUUCUGUGUCAGACGGACACACAGCAGCAGUCUGUGGAUGGUUUCUAUCACAGGACGGACACAUGGAUCUGCUGAGACGUUGUUUCAGACAUUAAACUAAAGACAGAGUAAAAACCACCCAGAGUAACCCACGGCAACGCAUGAAUCACAGGCUGAAACCUACAGCUGAACCAACAAGUUCACAGAUUUAAAUAAUCAACAAACAUCUUUACCUUCGGCUUUGGUUUGACCAUUAAUUGAUUAAUGUGUAACAAACUGUGUUGGACAAAUAUAAUCUUGUAAUAUGUUUCCAGUCAAGACUCAAUUGUUUGAUUGUGUUUCCUCAUCUUUACCAAGUUCUCUUCGCUGAAGAUUCAGAAAAAGCAAGUAAGCGAACCUUGAGUUUAAAAUAUUUUACCACAGAUACAGUCUUGGUCAGAAUUACUGGCACUCCUGGAUUUCAAGAACAUAAUUCAGAAACAAAUCAAAUGAACCAAAUUUAUAUUUAACCAGAAUAUCUGAAUGAAAAGUUAAAGGUCACUGAACUAAUUUAAAUUCAUCAAAUAAUUCUGUCCAGGGUACAUUUUAUUUCACAAUAUGAAACAUUUUCUUUGUUGUUCAACAAAUUUUCACAUUAAUAAAUAUUCUGGUUACAGAAAAUUUGUUCAUAUAUAUUUAUUUCUGAAGAUAUUCUGAAUUCAGUCUUUAAAAGUCAGAUGUGUAUGUGUUUAACCAGUUCUUAAAAGCUCGGCGUCGCCACAUGUAGAUUCUCUUACUGUAACCACGGCUGUAGACUGAGGAAUUCACUUGUUUAUUUUGGAACAAGAACAAGAAAUGUGGUUUAAAAAAAAAAAAGAACAAUAAAAUCUUUUUAUUGUAAAGGCGAA